UAGAAACUGUGCGCAUGCGCACUCUGGCUCGGAUAGGGGGGAAGCUGAUCAGGGUUGUAGCAGAAGCAGCAAGCGACGUGAAAACAUUGGACUAUCAGAAAAUAUCCAAUAUUUCAGCGUCCGUUUGUGUUUCCGAGUCGCUGUCCUUCAGCUCAGCAUUCACGCAGAACUCAAGUGCGGACCGCAGGAUGAACGGAGACUCCGGUGCUGGGGUGGUGGCAGCCACUCCACCCACACACCCACCCCAUAAAGAGCGCUACUUCGACCGAGUGGACGAGAGCAGUGCCGAGUACCAGAGAGAGAGGAACAUGGCGCCUGACCUACGGCAGGACUUUAACAUGAUGGAGCAGAGGAAGAGAGUGUCCAUGAUCCUGCAGAGUCCGGCUUUCUGUGAUGAGCUGGAGACGCUGAUCCACGAUCAGAUGAAGAAGGGGAAGAACCCCACCAGCCUGCUGGCCCUGCAGCAGAUCGCUGACUUCAUGACCACCAGCGUGCCCACCAUGUGCCCUGCAACCCCACAGGGAGGCAUGGCUGCGCUCAACAUGAGUCUGGGUAUGGUGACUCCAGUGAAUGAUCUCCGGGGCUCAGACUCCAUCGCCUAUGAGAAAGGAGAGAAGCUGCUGCGCUGUAAGCUUGCUGCCUUCUACCGCCUGGCGGACCUGUUUGGUUGGUCUCAGCUUAUCUACAAUCACUUAACUGUCAGACUGAACUCUGAACAGGAACGCUUUCUAAUUGUCCCGUUCGGACUUCUGUACAGCGAAGUCUCCGCCUCCAGCCUGGUGAAGAUCAACCUGCAGGGCGAGAUCAUGGACAGAGGCAGCACUAACCUGGGCGUGAACCAGGCCGGAUUCACCCUGCACUCGGCCAUAUACUCGGCUCGUCCUGACAUCAAGUGCAUCGUGCACAUCCACACUCCUGCUGGCGCUGCGGUUUCAGCUAUGAAGUGUGGCCUCUUGCCCAUUUCUCCUGAGGCUCUGUCUCUGGGCGAGGUGGCCUACCAUGACUACCACGGCAUUCUGGUGGAUGAUGAAGAGAAGAUCCUGAUACAGAAGAAUCUUGGCCCCAAGUGCAAGGUGCUGAUUUUGAGGAACCAUGGGCUGGUGUCAGUAGGGGAAACUAUAGAAGAGGCUUUUUACUACAUCCACAACCUGGUGACCGCCUGUGAGAUUCAGGUCCGUACCCUUGCCAGUGCAGGUGGCCCUGAUAACCUGGUCAUGUUGGACCCAGGGAAGUACAAAGUGCGUCCUCGUCACCUAGAGCCCGCCGGUGAUGGGACAAGUCCGCAUCCCAAGUGGCAGGUCGGGGAGCAGGAGUUUGAAGCCCUCAUGCGGAUGCUGGAUAAUUUGGGCUACAGGACCGGCUACCCGUACCGCUGCCCGGCUCUGCGUGAAAAAGCUAAAAAGUACAGCGACGUCGAGAUCCCGCCGUCCGCCACGGGCUACUCGUACGCCGAGGACAGCGACUCGGGCGCUCGCUCCCCGCUUAAGCACAGCUUCCAGCGGGGACAGCGUGACAAGACCCGCUGGCUGAACAGCGGCCGGCCGGAUGAUAACCCCGAUGAGGGGCUGGAGGGCAGCGGCAGCCCCAAGGCGAAGACUAAGGUGUGGACGAACAUUACACACGAUCACGUCAAACCCUUGCUGCAGUCUCUCUCGUCCGGUGUCUGCGUGCCAAGCUGUAUAACCAACUGCUUGUGGACGAAGGAGGAGAACGUUCGACAGGCUGCUGUGGCCAAUCAGUUUGUUCCUCUCAACACGAAUCCUAAAGAGGUCCAGGAAAUGCGCAACAAGAUCCGUGAGCAGAACCUGCAGGACAUCAAGACAGCAGGACCUCAGUCUCAGUUGCUCACAGGAGCUGUGGUAGAUCGUUCUUUUGUCCAGAGAGCGACGAUCUGGCACGAUGCUCCUCUGUCUGACUGUUUGGAGUGUAUCGAUGGCCUUGACCUCUCAGACAGCUAUAGUCCUGCUAGGUCUGUUAGAAAGGGGGAGCUAGUGACCGCCUCUAAAGCCAUUAUAGAGAAGGAAUAUCAGCCUCGAGUGAUCGUCACCAAGACCGGACCAAAUCCGUUCAAUAAGUUCACCGACCAGGAGCUGGAGGAGUACCGUAAAGAGGUGGAGCUCAAACAGAAAGGGCAAGAUGUACAGGUUGAUGCACCUGGCAGCUCGCUGGUUUCAGAUUCAGGAGGAGACUCCGUUCCUCUUGUGUCCUCAAAGCACAGUUUUGUGGAGAAUCAGCUCAUGACAGCUCCUUCUUCUUCUUCUGGUGCUGCCCCAGACCCAAGUACAGAACCUGAGGCAGGAUCAGGAAGGAUCGGUCCUUCUGGUCCUCCGGAAUCACCACACAAGGACUUUCACUGUGCUGUUCUGAAAGCCCUCGGUGCCAACACAGACUUGUCUGGGCAUGAUAAGCCUGAACAAGACAGCCAAGCUAAAGAUCAACCACAGGAGCCGGAGGAGCUGGGCAAAGGUCCGAGCCCCACCCGUACCCCGCCAAGCACUCCGAUUAAACUAGAAGAAGAUCGGCAGCAGGAGCUGAGCCCUAAAGACGAAAGCGACGCCGCCACUUUAAGACAGACCCUCCCCGACCUGACCCCCGACGAGGCUUCGGAAGCCGCCACCCCCGCCCUCCCUGCAGAAGACCCCGCCCCCUCCGAGCCGGACCCCGCCCCUGCUCACACAGACGGGGAGGAACCCGUCGCCGCCGACGAUGCCACAGGCGACGCGGGCAGCGACGAGUCCCCAAACAAAUCCCCAUCCAAAAAGAAGAAAAAAUUCCGCACGCCAUCGUUUCUGAAGAAAAACAAAAAGAAGUCCGAGUCCUAGAGAGGAAGAAAACUCCUAGGUGUAAAAAGCCACAUGCAUCUGGUUCCUUUUCUUGUUUUAAUACGUGUUUUUUUUUUUUUUUAUAUUUUACCUAACCUCUCGUUCACCUAUAGCUUGUGAACGUCGUCCAUUUAGUUUUUCCUGUUUUUAUUUUUUUAAAUGUUAAAACGUGUCGUGUGGCUUAAUAACGCAUGCGUGUCUCCGCCCUACGAAUCUUUUAGCAGAGAUUUAUUUUAACUCCCUGCUUUUGUACGAAAAAAAAAAAAGAUUUACCAAGCUUAAUUAACCACUAGAAUGUAUUCGGAUUGUAUCGCAGUGUAUUCAAGUGUCUUUAAGAAAAAAUAAAUAAAUAAAAAAGCA